AUGGACUCUGUCAAUCUUGUCAAGAUGGACUCGCCUGUGCAGGGAGCAGAGUUCGAGAAGCUUCCCUCAUUGAGCAACCGAUUGACACACGAGAUGGAAAAGCUAGACCAAAUGUUCUGGAUCGACCAACAGAAGCUGAAAGACAUCAGCAAACAGUUCGAAGUAGAACUUGACCAAGGUCUAAAAGAGAACAACCAGAACAUUCCUAUGAACAUCACCUGGGUGCUGGGUCAACCACACGGCGACGAAAAAGGCAGCUUCCUCACAGUAGACCUUGGGGGAACAAACCUUCGUGUCUGUUGGAUCACACUGCCAGGAUCACGCGGUCAACCUAGAAUAGUCCAAGAAAAGUACCAACUCUCCAAGGAAGUCAAGACAGGCGCUGCAGAACAGCUAUGGGACGAAGUGACCGACCGAAUGCACACCUUCAUCCGAGAUCAAAAACUCGAUGAGACUGCUACUCAGCCUUUGUCGCUUGGCUUCACUUUCUCCUAUCCAGCUAUGCAAGACUAUAUCGAUCACGGUGUACUACAGACUUGGACCAAAGGCUGGGACGUAAAAGGUGUCGAAGGCGAGGAUGUUACGGUACAGCUUCGCAAGGCAAUGGAAAAGAGGCAGCUACCUGUCAAGCUUGUCGCACUGAUCAACGACACAACAGGCGCCAUGAUAGCGUCUGCCUACCACGACCCUGAGACUAUUGUCGGUGCCAUCUUUGGAACAGGAUGUAACGCUGCGUACAUGGAAGACAGCGACUCAGUACCCAAGAUCAAGGGACGACUACCACCCGCAUGCCCAGUGGCUAUCAAUUGCGAGUAUGGCGCUUUCGACAAUAGCCAUACUGUGCUUCCAAUGACAAAAUACGAUCAUAUUAUCGACGAGAAAUCCCCUCGACCAGGCGAGCAAGCCUUCGAGAAGAUGAGUGCAGGCCUCUACCUCGGAGAAAUCUUCCGCCUCGCACUCGCAGACCUUGCAAAGCGACAGCUCAUCUUCAAGGACGAGGAUAUCUCAAGACUGGACAAAUCAUACAUCCUCGACACUGGCUUCCUCUCAGCAAUUGAAGAUGACCAAUCUCCUCGCUUCGAAAACACGGCUACAUUGUUCGAGGCCCAUACAGGAAUCAGACUGAACGACCAAGAACGUGAGGUUUGCCGCCGCUUAGCAGAAUUCAUCGCUAUUCGAGGUGCUCGUCUCUGCACCUGUGGUGUUGCAGCAAUCUGCAGCAAAAAGAACAUCAAGCAUGGUCAUGUGGCAGCUGACGGUUCGGUUGCAAACAAGCAUCCCAAAUUCAAGCGACGAUGGGCGGAUGCGCUGGCUGAGAUCUUGGAUUGGCCAGAAGACAGGAUCGAAGAUCCGAUUGUGUUGACUCCUGCAGAAGAUGGUUCUGGUAUCGGCGCUGCGGUUAUCGCUGCCAUGACUUUGGAACGAGCGAGGAAGGGAAAUGAUGCUGGAGUCAAGGAAGCUGCUGAAAUGUGA